AAAUUGUAAAAAUCGUUGUUGUAAAAAAUUUGUUAUUUGGAAUGUUUCAACCAUAUACAUAUAUUUUUGUUAACAAUAAUUUAAUUUAUCAUAUUAAAACAUUUUAAUUCGUAUUCUAAAAUUAUUCUUAAAAUUCUACCUGAUGUGAAUGCGAAUUUGUUAAAACUGUUAAAUGCGUUGGGCUUAUUGUUAUCUUCUGGCACUUCACUAUACGAUUGGAAUUCAGUGGCUGUACAUGAGUCGGUUUGCCGACGAAGGCACUAAACGAUCGCGGAUAACUUGCCCAAAAUCUGAGAAAUUUCUAGCGAAACAGCAGCAAGAGUUCUGCAGACAAACCCAGCAGCACGCAAACCUUCUGGCGGAAACAUCAAACGAUGUCGUCGAGCUAUGCGAGCAAGCGUUUCAAUUCAAAAGAUGGAACUGUUCAUCCGUUCGUUUGGCACCUCGUUUCAAAAGAGACCUGACUAAAGGCACCAGAGAGCAAUCCUUCGUAUAUUCUCUGUCUUCCUCAGUUUUUCUCCUCAACUUAGAACGAUACUGCCAUCUCGGUCAAAUCAUUGAAGGAUGUCGGUGCGCAAAGAGAUGGCACGAAUCCGACGAUACACGAAUAUUCAAUGCGAAAUCGAAUGACGUGGAGAGGUGUAACAGUAUUCGUUACGUCGGUAAGAUUAGCCGAUCAUUUACCGACAGUUCUUUGAAGGUUAUACAACAUCGAAUAAUUUCGAGUAUCAAUUCUUCAAACGAUUCUACAAACUUCGCUAGUAAAAUAAAAUUAAAAUCAAAUUCUCGUAAAACACUGUCAGCCGUAGAAGUGCAAACUCGACUACAUAACACUGCUGUUGGGAGAAAAAUUAUCACGAAAAGUCUGGCGAAAUAUUGCAGAUGUCACGGCACUUCUGGCAGCUGUAACGUAAAAGUCUGCUGGAUGGCAUUCAACAUGACCAGAGAUCGAUUGCUGCAUGUGCUUGUUAAGAAAUAUUACCAGGCUAUUCGUGUCAGAGGUUCAAAAAAUAUUAACUCAAUAAUGAUUAAACAUAAAAAUGGAAAUAACAACAACAAUAACAACAACAACAACAACAAUGGAAGAAUGAUCAGUUCUAGCCAGGAAUCAUUUUCAAACAAUCUCAUAUACAGCGCUAUAUCAUCAGAUUAUUGUCUACCUGAUAAAUAUUUAGGGUCUUCUGGAACAUAUGGAAGAGAAUGCCACCUAGAGCCAAAAAAACAGGGUCACUGUGACGUCAUGUGCUGUGGGCGGGGCUUCCGGAACGAGACGAGGUCACGAGGGGUCAAAUGCCAUUGUAAAUAUUAUUGGUGUUGUUAUGUGAAGUGUAAAACUUGCGUGCAAGACGUCCUAGUACAUUUUUGUAAAUGAAUUAGGGAAAGAUUCAUUAAUUAGGGAAAGAUUCAUUAAUUAUGGAAAGACUCGUUAGUUAAAGACAUUCAGCAUCUCGUUUGACAAUAUUGGUUGUAUUUUCAUAGUAUUUAUCUUUGUAAAUAAGUAAAUAAAUUUAUGGAUGGAAUUUUUUUAACAAAAUAAAUAUGAAUAAUACGUAAAA